CUGGGUUGGGCUUUCUGGCAGGAGCCUGCCUUCUUUUCUCUUGACAGCCGCAAGCGGAGACUGCAACAGCUGAAGAAUUGUAUCCAAGGAGAGCGGGGUGGUGUAGUCCAGCGGUCAUGGUGCAGCCCGGACGAAGCCUCCUCAAGUGGUGAGAGGAGGAAAAUCCCCUUCCUACUACAGAAGCUUCUCUGCCUCCACUAUCCAGCAAGGAGUAUAUUCAGAUUCUUGGAGGUGAUUCUGACAGCCAUAGCGAAGUGAACUGUCCCUGUGGUAAUGAAUGUUGUUUGUUUCAACAUUCGUGGUUCUGAAUUCUCUUAAUAUACAACAACAAAAAACCACCACCCAGAUUUGGCAACUGGAAUAUUUAAAUUUAGUGAGUUGAUCUGUAUGCAGUUCAGGAAUUUCAUCGUCCCAGCACAACACAGGUGAACACCAUGGUGGAUUACUAUGAAGCGCUGGAGGUGCCCCGCAAUGCUUCUCCCGAUGACAUCAAAAAGGCGUACAGAAAGAAAGCACUGAAAUGGCAUCCAGAUAAAAAUCCGGACAACAAGGAAUACGCUGAGCAGAAGUUCAAGGAGAUCGCAGAAGCCUACGAAGUGCUAUCGGACAAGAGCAAGCGUGAAAUCUAUGACCGUUAUGGCAAAGAGGGGCUCAUGGGUGCAGGUGGACCCAGUGGGCCCAGGCCUAAUGCAGGGAUGCCUGAAUUCGCCUUCACUUUCCGCAGCGCCCAUGAUGUCUUCCGAGAGUUCUUUGGAGGACAGGACCCUUUUGUUGACUUCUUUGAUGAUAUCUCGCCCUUCUCGGACAUGCGUGGACCUGGACCCCGACAUCCUGGAGUUGGGCCUUUCUUCUCAUCCUUCCCGGCAUCACCAGAAUUCUUCUCUGCUGCACUCGGUCCCGGUAUGAGUGCAGGAAUGGGUUUCCGCUCUGUCUCUACCUCUACCAAAUUCAUCAAUGGCAAGCGCAUCACUACCAAGAGGAUUGUUGAAAAUGGUCAGGAGAGAGUGGAAGUGGAAGAAAACGGGGAGCUGAAAUCCAUCCAUAUUAAUGGCGUUCCAGAUGACUUGGCACUCGGCUUGGAGCUGAGCCGGCGGGAGCAGCAUGCCCUCCAGAGCCGCAGGCCGCUGUCGUCCUCUCCCUUAGCGACGCCACCUCAGCGCCCCCCGCCCAAGCGGCCCCCUCCCAGUUCGUCCCCUGUGAUCUUGUACACAGACAGUGACGAGGAGGAUGAAGACUUGCAGCUGGCCAUGGCCUACAGCCUGUCUGAGAUGGAGGCCAAGGGCCAGCACAGAGCAGACCCCGAUGGACAGGCAUAUUCUGUCUGACGCCCCUCAAUGCUGCCUCCCGGAAGGUGUGUUCUGAGUCUGGAAGAGCCCCGUGGGGAUGGCCUCUCUAGCAUUCGUGCUCACAGAAGGCUGCUCAAGCCUGGACUUUGCUUUCUGUUCCUUCCCUGAGCUCUGCCCUGGGGAUUGGCAGGCUCCCACUGUGUGACUCCCUCCCUCUUCAUUCCUUCUGCUGUGUGUCAUGUAGCACCCAGUAGCUCACAAGGGCCAGGCAGGGCACAGCCUGGCAGUAGCUAGGCUGCUGCUCUUGCAUUAACCGCCAGCAGGAUGCCCUCUGGCCCUAGGGAGCCCACGUCCCCCUGGCUGCAGGCCACCUUCAUUCACCAUGACUCUGUUUAGAAGAGGAUCCCGGGGCAUAGCUCAAGAGUGAGAUGAACCUUGCUGUAAGGCUGGACAAUUACCAAGUAGUAACUGGACUGUGGUGGAGGCAGAGAAGCCCUUCCUGAGUGGGGCUGGAUAGUUCUGGGAGGGACCUCCCAGCUCUAGCACAGGAGAUGUAUAUAGCUGCAGGGGUUGGGAGUGUUGGGGGACAGUGGCUUUCAGUCAUGGUGGCAGGGAGCCCCCUUUCUAGGUGCAGAGGGCCUAAUGCUCUAGAGCCAAGGGCUAUAAUAAACCAUACUCUCCCCCCCCCCUUAAGAGCAGCAGUGACUCUUGUAGACCAGGCCUUAUGGCAGCAUCAGCCUUUUCCCAUAAAAAGGACAGGGCUGCAACAACCUCUCCCCCCUUUGGAGGAAACCCCCUUCCUUAACCUGACAGGGCUAGAAGGAGCACAAAACCACUCAACAGGUCUAUAGCUGUAGGGAGUGAGUUUGGUCUCUUUUGUAACACAAAGUGCUGGCCUGGUGUAGAAUGGAAGACCUUGUCAAUAAAUUUAUUUGCAAUGAA